AAAGUAAAAAUGUCUGAUAACAAUAAUUUGACUUUCUUCACCUAAAGACUCAUGUAACUAGAGGAUGCUCCUACAAACUUCUUUCUAUACCAUCUAUUAGGACUUUACCAUAUGGUAAGGAUUCUAUUCACUAUCAAGCAAUAAAAAACUGGAACUCUCUCCAAAAGCAUUUCAAAUCUAUUGAUCUUACCUCACUUAGUCUUUCUAGACUUAAAUUAUUUACCUGUACAUUUCUCCAAAAAAAUCACAACUCUUAAAAUAUUUUUUUCCGUAUUGCAUACAAACAAAAUAAUUUUGAAACUAUACCUAAAGGUGGCCUCCUUAGAUUAGCUUUUGCUAGUGGUUGGUCUCCUGACUGCUAUAGCUUGUAUUGUAUUAUUUUUAUUUUUCAACAUACAACUUUAUAUACAUUUACACAUUUAUAUAUUAUACUGUACAAUCUAUAUAGCAGCAAAUAAAUACUACCACUACUACUACUACUACUACUACUACUACUACUACUACUACUACUACUACUACUACUACUACUACUACUACUACUGCAUUUUCAGAACACACAUACCCACACACAAGCAAAAUGUCUAAGAGGCGUGCAAUUAAGUACACAUGCAAAAUUGUAUAAAAAAUAAAACUGUAGCAUAAUUUGUUUAUUUAUAUAUACCUUGCAUUAUUUUUUAAUUUUAAUUUUAAGCUUACUGCGAAAAAAAAAUUUACAUAUGAAAAAUUUAUUUAGAAUGAAAAAAAUGAAAGUGUUAAUUGCCACAUUGCUUUUUGUUGGUUUUUGCUUAUGUCAUGAAAAUCAUGGCCAUGCACAUGGUAAUCAUGACCAUGCACAUGGUGAUACAUUAGAAGAUGUUAAGUUCCGAUAUUCAAAGCAAGCAAAUGCUGACAACUCAGAGGAUGGUCCAGAUUUUCCACCAGUACAUGAACACCAUGAACAUAGCCACGAAGAUCCACACCACGAUCAUGAGCAUCUUGAGCAUUCCCACCAUGGACAUAGUCAUGAGGAUCCAAAGCAUAAGUAUUCCAAAGAUGCAAAUGUGCAACAUGCAAAAACGCAUGAAAAUACUCAUGAAGGUCACACUCAUAGCCAUGAAGAACAUGAUCAUAGCCAUGGAGAUCAUGAUCAUAGCCAUGGAGAUCAUGAUCAUAGCCACGGAGAUCAUGAUCAUAGCCAUGAAGACCAUGGGCAUAGCCUUGGAGACCAUGAUGAUAGCCGCAAAGGACAUGGUCAUAGCCACAAAGACCAUGCUCAUAGCCACGGAAACCAUGAUCAUAGCCACAAAGACCACAAACAAUACACUCCUCCUACGAAAGAACCUGUAUUUUGGCUGGAACCACUGUUGGCUACUGCAAUCAUAAGUGCUGCUCCUUUUCUUAUUUUGUUUAUUGUCCCACUAAGUAGCAAUUCACCUGAAAAUCAACCUUUUUUGAAGAUACUUCUAGCAUUUGCAUCAGGUGGUCUUUUAGGAGAUGCAUUUCUCCAUCUUAUCCCGCAUGCAAUAUCUCCACAUGCACAUGAUGAGCAACAUUCACACUCACAUUCUCACAGUCACAGCCACAACCACCACAGUGAUAAUCUUGGUGAUUCCCAUGACCAUACUGGGGACAUGAUUGUAGGAUUAUGGGUGUUGGCUGGUAUUAUCGCUUUUUUAGUUGUGGAAAAACUGGUAAGACACAUAAAGGGAGGCCAUGGCCACUCACACUCUCACGGAGAGCCUAAAAAAGAGGAAUCAAAAAAAGAUGACACAAAUGUCAAGAAUGAAAAGAAAAGUGAGAAAAAAACUACUAAACCUGCCAAAAAAGAGAAGACAGAAAAUGAAGUAAAAGUAUCAGCUUAUUUGAAUCUUGCUGCAGAUUGCACUCAUAAUUUCACGGAUGGACUUGCCAUUGGUGCUUCUUUCCUUGUUAGUCGUAAUGUUGGUAUGAUCACAACAUUAACAAUAUUUUUACAUGAAAUUCCUCAUGAGAUUGGUGACUUCGCUAUCCUAGUUCAAUCUGGGUGCACCAAAAGAAAGGCGAUGAUGUUGCAACUAGUGACAGCUGUCGGUGCGUUUGCUGGUUGUAUUUGCGGUUUACUUGCAGAGGGACUGGGUACGGCCGCAUCGAGUUGGAUAUUACCCUUCACCGCAGGUGGUUUCAUAUACAUAGCUACAGUGUCAGUAAUCCCUGAACUGUUAGAAGAAUCCAAAUUAGUUCAGUCGAUUAAAGAAAUCUUGGCUUUAUUAGUAGGUGUUUUUCUGAUGGUUUUGAUAGCUCUCACUGAGUGAGUAGGUAGAACAUCUUAGAGUUUAUUAUUGAAACGAAUUCUAUCUUACUUUUUAAAAAAAAGGUUUUUUUGGUAUUUAGUUUUUGUUUUAUUUAAUAUUCUAUUUGACUAGACAGAUUUUGUAUAAAACUAGAUUUUUACAUUAUCUAUAGUAAUGUUAUGCUUAGGGUGGUAUUAUUUUCAAUUAACGGUGUUAUUUUUAAUUUGUAUAUGCAAUAAACAGAUUAAUUAAGAAAUUCGACUCCUUAUCGCAGUAAAUAAGUUUUCUACGCGAUUUCUUUAUAAACUGUAUGUCAAAGUACCUAGAACGAAAAAAUUUAGCGGUGCAUGCGAAGGUGCUUGUUCGCGGAAAAUUACACAUUUUUCUUUAGUGAAAAUGUUGAGUUACAUUUUUUGCGAAUUUUUUUCGAAGCUUUCAAAAAAAACAUCCUACUUUAUAUUUUUCAUAAAAAGAAGCGAAAAUUUAAUUCAAUUUGGGUGUAAAUCCAUUUUCACCAUAUAAAUUUCGAUGUGCUAUUUUGUAUAGGGUGGUCGACAAGGCGGGAAAGCUGAAAAAAUAUUUUUCCAUCGCCCAUUCCCUGAUGGUUUUUUUUCUUGUAAAAAUUAACCACGAAUAUCUGUGUGUACACUUUUAAAUAUUAUUUCUUUAAAGUGUAUAAUACUUUUUGCAAGCGUGAAAACAAUGUACGAUGAGAAAU